ACUGGGUCUCUUUGUCGGCUCUGAAAUCCACUUUGAAUCCUUUUGUUCUAAUUGUUUUCGGUUUUAUUCUUUUUAUGUUUCUUUUAUCAGUGUGUUGACACUUUUGACGCACGCGCACAAACAUGGCUGUGGCAGUUUUCACCUGCGAACCAAACAAACAGGUCGAUGACUUCUGCCAGAAACUCACCAUCGAGGCUGAAGAUGCGGUGGCAAACCUUUUCCCUCAGAAGAUUGAAGAUCUGCAGAAGCUGUUACUGACGUCUUUCAGCUGUGAAGACCUAGCGUCGCUGAAGGCGCCGCUGGACAUCCCGAUUCCAGAUCCAGAAAAAGAGGAGGCCAAACGCAAGAAGAAAGAGGAGAAGGAGAAGGAGAAGGAGAAGGAGAAGGAGAAGAAGGACAAGGACGAAGACAAAGAGGAUGAAGACGCAGGUCCUCCCUGUGGUCCCAUCGAGUCCAAUCCUGCCCUGGAGGUCCUGCUGAACCAGGUCGACCCCGAGAUCCGGAUUCUGAAGGAGAUGCUGAACCUGGUGUCGUCGUGGCUGCAGCUUCAUAUCCCUCAGAUCCAGGAUGGGAAUAACUUCGGCGUGGCGGUGCAGGAGAAAGUGUUCGAGAUGCUGACGAACACACGCACCAGAGUCGACGCCUUCCAAACUCAGAUCGCAAAGUAUUACAGUGAAAGAGGCGACGCCGUGGCCAAAGCGUCCAAACAGCCCCAUGUGGGCGACUACAGACAGCUGGUGCAUGAGCUGGACCAGUACCAGUACUCGGAGCUCCGCCUUGUGGUCCUGGACCUCCGCAACACAUACGCCGCGCUGUUCGACAUCGUAAACAAGAACUACGACAAGAUAAAGAAGCCGAGAGGAGACGGGAAAGCGCCGAUCUACUGAGGAUCUACCACCGUUCCUUCACCGGACACAAACUCCAUUCUCACAUCUCUGCACAUUCAGCUUCAGUCAGAACGUUAUUAGUUUCAUUAAUUUGGACUUUUUGAUCAUUAGGCCUGUGGUUCCAUAAUCAGUCUGUAAUAAACUGUCUUGAAACUCA